AUGAUAGGUUGGACAUCAAAAAUCCUGCGAACGGCCAAGUGCUCUGUUCGUGAUGUCGCUUCGGUGACUGGAAAAGACCUAUCGCUAGCUGUUCAAGGUGCACAAGAGGCCUUUGACUCCGGCAUAUGGUCCAGAGCCCCAUCAAUUUCCCGCGCCAAAGUGCUAACCCGUCUUGCCCGGAUACUCGAAGAUAGGAUAUUGGAUGUAGCGCAGAAGGAGACACUCCAAACAGGGAGAACUAUAAGAGAAAUGACGGCGCAGUUGGGACGUCUACCUGAAUGGCUAGAUUAUUAUGCAGCCUUGCUCCGCACAACAUCGGGGUAUGUCGCUCCCACGCAAGGUAAACUAUUAAACUACGUGCAACGCGUUCCGCUUGGUGUCGUAGCCCAAAUUACACCAUUCAACCACCCACUUCUCAUCGCCGUCAAGAAAAUUGCCCCUGCGUUAGCUGCAGGGAACAGUGUGAUCGUCAAACCCUCGGAGCUAGCACCUGUGACGGUUCUCGAGUUCGCCGAGAUGGCUGAAGAAGCUGGCGUUCCCCCUGGCGUACUCUCCGUCAUCUCAGGGCCUGGCCACACGACAGGAAAGGAUAUCGUCAAUAAUCCUCUGAUCCGCAAGGUCGACAUUACGGCAGGAACCCAGACAGGGAAAGACUUGGGUGCUAUAGUGGGCGCGAACCUAGCAGCGUUCACCGCCGAACUAGGUGGCAAGGCGCCAAUCAUCGUAUUCGAUGAUGCCGACCUUGAGUCAGCGGUCAACGGGGCCGCUUUCGCAGCGUUUGUGGCUUCUGGCCAGACAUGCGUUUCUGGAACGAGGCUGAUUAUCCAAUCCGGUAUAUACGAAGAGUUCUUAUCCAAAUUUGUGCGCAAAGCCGAGUCUAUCAGAGAGCGAAUGGGCAACCCCCUGAAUCCAAAGUCGACAAUGGGGACAGUUAUUUCCGAGCGGCACCUUGGCCGUAUUGAAUCGAUGAUCGCAAGGAAGGCUAGUGGGUCGAUUGUAACCGGUGGCACGCGCAUGUCUGGUGCCUCACCGCUUGAUGGUCACGAUUUCUCCAAAGGCGCAUUCUUCCCUCCAACCAUCAUCACGGAUAUAGACAUCGAAGACUUGCUUUGGCAGGAGGAAAUAUUUGGCCCAGUGGCCGUAGUGAAACGGUUCGAGCACGAGCAUGAAGGCAUCCGACUAGCGAACGCGUCGAAAUAUGGACUCGGAGCUGGAAUAUGGACUUCGGCUUUGUCCAAGGCUCACCGAGUAGCUGCUGAGAUCCAAUCGGGUUUGUGUUGGGUGAAUACUCAUCACCGUAAUGACCCAAGCUCACCAUGGGGUGGGAUGAAGGAAAGUGGUAUCGGUCGAGAAAACGGUGUCGAAGCCUUUGAAGCAUACUCACAGAGUAAGUCGACGAUCGUGAACACCGCUACGGCAGAGGAAUCCAGGCGGUUGGAUGACUGGUUCGCGGAAGAUGCCGAUGGCAGGCGCAACACGGAGAUUAAAGUAACCAUUUCCGUUAUUGACAUUGCCAUAGAGAAGCUCAAGGGCCAAGAUGUAUAA